AUGCUUCAAGUGCUGAAAUACUUUUACCUCUUUACUCUGGCACAUGCUGUGGGUCUGGUCCAGGGCUGGGAGUCUACAUUCCCUCAGAACUGGCCGCUGAAUUGGACCCCUCAGCCUGAACUCAACCUGGCUGGGCAAGACAGCUGCACCACCAGUCACCUUACUGCCUACGAGACCGCGGGAUCUGGGGCUGACAUCUGGCUUUCCACUAGCCCCCUGGACGAUUUCGAAUCCCCCAAGAUCCUACCGCUCAACUCCAGUAGCGGUGAGCAAUGGGAAUUUGACGGCGUCUCCGAUGACGGCAUGAACGCUUUUAUCUUCGGGCUUUAUCGGGACCCGGGUCUUUCGCUCAUGGGCACGGGCAAUCUGCGUAUCUCAGCGGAGUUGGCCUACGCGAACGGAACCCGUUGGGGAAGGGUGGAUUAUGCCAGCGAAUCGACCGUGGAGUCGUGUCCGCAUGGGACGAAAGGGGUGUGGAGAGGCACCGACUUUAGUUACAUCUUCGAGAUCUCCAAGGACAUGAGUCGCGUCAAGUUGGAGGUUGACACCCCGGAUCUUAAAGGCAUCAUUUACAUGAGGUCCAAAACCCUCCCACGGUAUGCAGACGCUUCGACCUGGCCAGCAGAGAAUGCAUCCACAGCCAUUGCACCGCAUUUCCAUUGGGUGGAGCCGAUUCCGGUGGGCGACGUCAAGGUAGACCUGUUUGCCAAAGGGGAGCCCUUCACUUGGCAUGGUUUAGGAGGUCACAAUCGUCUGUGGUCCCCCUUCAAUUGGUUCACGUGCCUCAAAGCCAUGAAUGCUGUGCGGAUGACUGCUGGUCCAUAUUCACUGUCUUACAUGCGUUUUACUUCGCGGAUUGCUGGUGGUAAGGAUUUUACAUCGGUCCUGCUCAUGCACGGAGCCGAGAAGAUUUUUUCCACGACCUUGGGUGAAGCCUCUGAUGUGGACGACUAUGUUUUGAUGUCCAAAACGUACGAUGGCGCCGUUACGGGCACUUUGCGUGACAAAGUGACGGGAUAUGAGCUCGAGUUGGUUUCCCCGGGACGGAAAAAGCAUUGGACGUUUAUCAUGGAGCAUAAGAAUAUUGCGUUCGAAUAUCUUGUCGGAAAGGGCCGUGGAGGGAGUGGUUUCUCUAGUAGUUCGAGUGGAGGACCGGUUGGCCUGGAGCAGUUCAGAGGGGUGGCGUUGACCGAAGCCCUCACCUUCCCUGACAGUUCUCCUCUUUUCAAAAACCAAUAUGUUUGACUGGUUCGGGGUGGUGGAUUAGCCCG